CGCAGUUCACACAGUUGUCAACCGACAGCGUUGAGAGAAAGACGCGGUCGCCCCGACCGUUGUGUUCUCAAAACUUUACGCGACUACCACUGCAGCGACUUGCUUCUGGAUUGUAUUUCGUACUGAAAGUGUCUAGUUACGUGCAGUGUUUUGUUAUAGUGAUGACUGUUGACUGGAAACUGCUUUCAUGUCUCCUGGACAAACGUUAAUGUCAGAGGAGAUGGAAGCUAAGGACCGGCUGGUUGAGGAGGUUGUGCUCCUGGUUCUCUACCUGGUGUCGGCGGCUGCCAACUCGCUGGCGCUGCUGGUGUUCUGCCGACGACCCGGGCUCAGAACAGUGUCCAAUCGGUUCGUCAUAAACUUGCUGGCGACGAAUUUGCUGACGACGUCCAUGUUGGCGCCUGCGCUGUUUGGCGAACAUUCCACGCUGAUCCGAUCGGAACAGAUGGCCUGGUUAGAGGCGGGCGACGCCGCCGCUGCGGCUUGCAGCCUUGCCGCACUGCUCUCGGUCACGCUGAUCGCGCUGGACCAACACCACGCAGUGACAGACCCGCUGCGUUGCCACACCCGCCUGCUUCAACGCAGGCCCGUCGUCCUGUGCGCCACUACUUGGCUCAUCGCCGCUUCGGUAGCAGCGAUUCGCGCCACCAUUGCCGUAGUCCGCCACUUCUACCCGGACGAGCCAAUCGUGCAGGGUGUUGAGCUAGUUUAUUCCAUCGUGUACUUAAUUCUUGGCAUCCUCGCUCCGGCUACCGUUGUCUGCGUUAUGUAUGCGAGAAUUUACCGAGCGGCGCGCUCCUCCGGUCUCCGAGCGCGAGCCCACGGGGCCAGCGCGCUGCAGCUCCACGAACCUCAUGCCAACUUACCAGAUCUCAUUGAAGAAGGCGAAGGUCUUACUCUUAAGAUUGAUGUACCCGAAAACGGUCCCACGGAAGAGACUGAUCGCAAAUUCGGCCCGUUCCUGCUUCCUCCAGAUCAGCCGCGUCGGUGCCCCUCUGUCGCAAGUUUGAGAAAUGCGCGAAAAGAUGGGAAAUCGAACGAGGAUUUGAGGAAAGGCUUGCCGGCGGUGAGCUCUGCUCCGUCGCUAGCGGCGCCUCUGUUGGCCGUACAGCCGCGGACGCCGGUCCCUUCCGCAAACGGCUCGAGGAUUACGUCGAUCCGGUGCAGAAUUUCAAAUGCAUCACUUUUCCGCUACCGCGAGGAGUCUCGCGCGGCCCGCGUCGGAAUCCUUACCGGCGCGCUAGUGAUGCUGCAUAUCCCACACGCCGUCACCGCCGCGGUGUCAGCGGCCUCGCCUGGGCUAGGCGACUACGCCCGCACGCCCGCCCUGGCGCUCCUGUUGCUGGCGUCUGCGGCUUCCCCGUUCCUGUUUGCGCUGCGGUCGCGGCGCGUGCAGCGUGAGGCGCGUCGCUUGCUGUUGCCUGAGAAAAGCGCGUGGGAGCGCGCCUCGGGCGUGGCAUCGGCAGCGGUGGCCGACGGGCAGCGCGCUCGCGCGGCCCUGGAGCUGCUGAGAACCCUGUCGCCCGGGAACGCUAGAGAAGCGCCGCCGGCGGGAAACGCUGGAGAGGCGGGUGCGUGCCGAGGCUCCUUCAGCUCGGGCGGCAGCACCCAGCUGUCGUCCGCGUCGGACGAGUGACCGCCGCCCCCGCCGCCCCGGCCCGCGCGGCCCACCCGGGUGCACUUCGCGCGACCCACCGCUCUACUUAUCUGUGAUACUAAGUUAAGCCACGCGCUCGGCGCGACUGCCAGACUGAUAUAGUUUAAGUUAAUUUAUUAAUGUGUCAAUGUACCUUGCCGCUAAGCGGACAACUUUUAUUACCUGAUAUAAGUAAGUGUAUGGAAAUAUUAAAAUUCGUAUCGAAAUUUA